AUGUGUCGGUUUAUGAUCUAUAAGGGAAGAGAUCCCAUGUUACUUUCCGACCUUUUAACCAAGCCUGCCCAUUCUAUAAUCAAUCAAUCAUUUGAUUCACGUCUUCGAUUAGAUAUGAGAAAUCCCAUCAAUGGAGAUGGUUUCGGAGUAGGUUAUUAUACCGCUACAAAUAAACCAUGUAUCUUUAAAGCCAUCACUCCAGCUUGGAAUAAUGUCAAUCUUAACAAUUUAUCCAUGUGUACGGAAUCAAGAUUGGUAUUUGGUCAUGUAAGAGCUUCAACUCAAGGGGUGUUAUCAGAAACUAAUUGUCAUCCUUUCUCUCAUGGUAAUAUUAUGUUUAUGCAUAAUGGUGGAAUAUCAUCAUUUGAUCGUAUUAAAAAGAAAUUGAUCAAUCAUUUGGAAGAUGAAUUCUUCUUAAUCAUUCAAGGUUCAACUGAUCUGGAAUGUAGUUUUGCAUUAUAUCUUGAUACAUUAUAUAAAAUGGGUUAUAAUCCAUCUGAUCCAACCACAAAGUUUAGUCAUAUCAUAUUAAGAAACGCCUUAGUUAAAACCAUAGAUUUGAUUAAACUCUGGCAAACAUCAGUUACAAAUGAACCUUCAUUAUUAAAUUUCGCUAUUACUGAUGGUGAAAGUAUAAUCGUUAGUAGAUAUGUUACAUCAAAAACUGAAGAAGCUGCAUCAUUACAUUUCAGUACUGGAUCUAAAUUCUUCGAAUAUGAACCAGGUUUAUUCAAAAUGGAAAGAUUAAAUCGUUCUCAAGAUGUUAUAUUUGUUGCUAGUGAACCAUUAACCUUUGAAAGAGGAGAUUGGAUUUGUGUACCUUCAAAUACAAUGUUAACCAUAACUAAGAAUAAUACUGUUUUAAUGCAUCCAAUUGAAGAUGAAUUCUAUGGAGCAAAUGAAAGAUCAGCAGAUUUGGCUAUAAGUAAAGGUUUAAUGGGUGGUGUACCAAAACCUCGUCAUGCUAAUUCUCAAAGUGAUGAAGUUGAUUCUUCAAUUGCUGAAUUACCUCCUCUUGAAAGAGAAGGUAGAAAAAUGUCUUCUGAAUCAGUAGUAUUCUAA